GCGUCAGUUCUUCGCCGCCUCUCGUCAACGACGGACGCUACCUCGCGAUCCGCGCUUUAUCAUGCCCAGCUUCGCUAUGCCUCUGUGAGAGCAGGAAAAAUGAUGCAGAUUGUGAUAUCACGGCCAGUGUGUUGUUGCCUCCUGCUCCUCGUCGCGCCCAUCCUCGCCCAGCCCCCCCACGAUGCCGGAACGGGAACGAGCGACAUCGACAUGUCCCCGGCCGCCUCGUCCACCGUGGAAACGAAGAACCCACCCCCCAAACUCCCCGACGAGGCCGCCACCCCCCCGAGUGAUUGUGAAUGCGUGCCAUCGUGUACCGGGAACGUGACCCGAAGUGAGUGCCCCAACGGCCGGGUCAUGGCCCGACCCGACUGCCCGUGUUGCGUCGUUUGCGCGCGCCAAAUCGGAGAACCUUGCGACUCCUCUUUGAAUCCUUGCGACAACGACUACGGCCUGGAAUGCAGCAAAGGAACUUGUCGAGCCUCUCAUGACGGUGUUGACCGUGAUGACUCCCGCGGUGGUCCCAUAUCCUGGUCUGCCGUUGACUCGUCCUUGCCUCUGCCUUCCUUGCCUCUGGAAGCAAACACGUGGGGAGAGACAGAGAGAGAGAGAAAGAGGCCAGAGCGGGGGAAAACCCUGCUCCUUUGUAUGACAGGCCCCCUCUAUGGCCUCGGGGGACUCUAUGAAAAAGGAGACAGCCGGUUGCUUCGAGAGGAGAAAGUCUCCCGUCUGGAUCAUUGCUUCGGGUCGCACUCCUUCCCCCUUGGCAGCAUCUGCUUCCCACAACCUUGA